UGUCUAAAACUACAAAAAUAUGGUACAGUUUUAACCCACUAAGUUAUUAAUUCUAUGCUGGCCAAUAACAGGAAAAAGAUCAACAUAGUAACCUUGCAAGGCUGGAAAUAAAUGAAAAUAACAACUCACUUUGUUGAACGUGCGGCUAAUAUGUGCAACAAUUAUUCUUGUAUCAUAGACAUUGAAGAGUAUAAUAUUCCAGAAAAAAAUAAAUUUUCAAGAAAAAUGCUUUAUAUUAUUGUAUUCGUAACCUUAAUCACACUUUGCUUGACAUUCAAAGUUAUAGGGAAGCCGACUUCAGGACCCAAUAACGAACUAUGGGACGAAAUCAAACAGAUAAAUUUGGAAAUAGCAUUAAUUAAACAUAAAAUAGAGGACAUUGAAAAUAGUGAAUUGUCAUCAAACGUCAUAACAUCACGUGAUGUUAAUGGUUGGCUGGCAGUAAAAGAGGGUUAUUCAACGGUAUACUCAGCACUAGAGAAUUAUUUUGGGAAGGGCAAGUCAAAUCCUAAUUCAAUUCAAGCUAGUGGUUCUAACUGGACGGAUGUAACAGUCCACCAGGAACAUAAUAUUAAUAAGACUGUGCGAGAAAUACAUCAUAUAUAUAAUAGCACGGUCACAAUACACAAUCAUUAUUACAAUAAUAAUGAUAGUAAGGUACCGUGACCGUGCUAUUAUACAUAUUAUGUAUUUGUUGCACCGUCUUAUUAUUAUUGUGUUCUUGAUUGACUCCUUCAUCCAUCCAAUUAAAACCUCCUUGAAUCGAAUAUUUGGAUUUGACUUUCCGUUACCAAAAUAAUUCUCCAGGGCUGAAUAUACCAUAUACCCACCAAUUAACAUCACGCGAUGUUACGAUUGAUGAUAAUUCAUUUUUUUCCAUAUUAUCCUCUAUUUUACGUUUAAUUAUUGCUAUUUCCCGAUUUAUCUGUUUGAACAUUUACCAAAAAUGCUCACUGUGAAUUCGUGAAGUCGUCACCAAUAACGGUCGUAGGACACGCAUAAAUAUAUGUAUCUUGUCUUAUAUCAUCAUUUAUCAUAUUCCACUAUCAUAUUUCAUUAUCAUAUUUCAUUAUCAUACGUGCUGAUA